AUGAAAAUAAUCUCAUGGAACUGCCGGGGAACUAAUGACGUUCGUUCUCUAGUUGUUCCUUAUGUGGUUUGGUUAAAGGAAUAUUUUGCUCCCAUGUUCAUAUUUCUGUCAGAAACUAAGGCUAGUUUAUCUAAUGUAGAAUCCUUAGUUAGGAGUUGUAAACCUACUUUUGUAUGUGGAAUUGACUCAAUAGGGUCCAAGGGUGGUUUAGCAGUUUUAGGAUGGUGCCCAUAUAAUGUCUUUUGUCUUUUCUCCUCCCAAAAUCUAGUGCUUUGUAAAAUUGUAGUGGAUAGUACGAAUGAAAUGGAAAUUCUCCUUGUGUAUGGAGCUCCUAAUGUAGAGGUUAGGCUUGCUGUUUGGGGUAAGAUGCUAGAUCUUAUACUCGCCUUUCCUACUUGUCUAGUUCUUGGAGAUUUCAACCAACUUGACCUUUUCUCAGACAAAUUGGGAGGGUCUUCUUCUAUUAAGGGGUGGGAGGCAUUUAUUCAAUGGAAAUUGGCCUCGAACUUAUCAGAUGUCCCUUUCUCUGGUCCUCCUUUUACGUGGUCUAAUAAAAGAGAGGAUACAGAUUUGAUAUUGGAAAGAUUGGAUAGGGCUUAUAUGUCUACUGACUGGUUUUUAAAAUUUCCAGAUAGUAGAGUAACUAAUCAACCAAUACUUAUAUCAGACCAUGCUGCCAUUGUUUUUGAAACCUCGCACUUAGGUUUGAAGAAACAUAGACCAUACCAACUUGAAGCUUGGUGUUUACUAUUCUCUGAUAUUGCUUCUAUUGUGGAAGAAGUUUGGAAUUUGGUUAUAGUGGGCUCUCCAAUGUUCACUCUUUCGAGGAAAUUAGGUUUAGCUCGUAAUCGAAUUCGUAAUUGGUGUCUUAAGAAUAAGAAAUCUAGGGGAUUAACUAGCAACAAUUCUCUGACCAUGUGA